UCGUUCCUCGGUGACACAUCUCCUCCUCCACCUCCACCUCCUCCUCCUCCUCCGCCGCCGCUGCUCCGUUUCGCCAUUAUGUAUGAAGCUCGGUGAAGGUGCUGAGGUGGAGUCAGCCGCGGGGACGACGGCGGAACAGACACAAACAAACAAGCAAACAAACGGAAACAAAAGGACUAUCUGCUCGUUUCUCCUCCAUGUUCUUCGGUUCUCUCCGGACUGUCCGCCGCUCCACUCCGAUCCGCUCCUGGCCUCUCUCCGACGACACCCAUGCAGCAGAGGAGACCCUGGAUGGGACUACAUGUGAUUUAUGUUGGGUAACGGGGUGAAGCGGAAACUGGACGAGGAUGAGGACGGUUUGGAGCAGGAUCGGCGUCCUCUACGAGCUGGUGGUAUGUCGCAGGCCUCCUUCACUUUGCAGCGGCAGACGGUGCUCAACAUGUCGCUCAUGAAGCUGUACGGCCCACGGACAGGUGCCGACCUCGACCUGCAGCGCCGCGUCCUCAUCAAUAACAUCAUUCGCCGAAUUCAGGAUGAUUUCCGGCAGGAGGGAGUAGGCGCCCUCUUCUUCACAGCUGCUCCAGCCGCCACUGCCGCCCCCCCGGCACCUCCGUCCCUAAGCCUCCUCUCGUCCUCACUGCCGGGGCUGACGGCGCUGGACUCUUGUCUGACUCCUGCCUCGCUGCUGGAGGAAGACCUGCCCAUGUUCUUCACCCUCCCACCUCCCUCCUCCACCCAUCAUCACCUGCACCACUCCCCAAGGCCGCUGCUGCCGCCAUCAGGCAAAGACAGCUUCUCCUCGGCACUGGAAGAGAUUGAGGAACUCUGUCCUCCCUCCUCUUCCUCCUCCUUUUCCUCCUCCUCCUCACCGCCUCCUCCGUCUUCAGCUCGUGUACUGUUUGACGUUAUCAUGAAGGAUGAGGGGCAGGGUUUCAUGGAGGUGGAGAACCGGUCAGAGAAGCCUCUCCCUCCUGCUCCUCUUCCUCCCAGCACGAUAGACUCGUCCUCAUCCUCACCGAGCGCUUUCCUAACCGACUUCGCUCUAGAUGACGUCCUUUUCACAGACAUUGACACGUCCAUGUAUGACCUCGGCCCUGGCCCACCUCCUUUAGGAACUCCACCCUCAAAAAUUGUAAUGGCCGACGACCUGGUGCGGUCCAUGUCUGGUGCUCAGAACCAGUCCUUUAAGAUGGACCUGACUGAGCUGGAUCACAUCAUGGAGGUGCUAGUGGGUAGCUGAGGAGACAUUUUAUACAUUUGUAUGACUUUUGUACGCUUUUAUUUGUACUUCUACUUCACUGUGGCCUUAUUCUGGAGGAUUUGACUUGCUGCACUUUUGACACUGAUAAAUGAUAGUGUUAGCUCAUUUACUCACCAACAGGCUACAUUUCGUUGUUUGGAGGGAAAUCUGCUGCUUAAUUUUACGAAAAGAAACGGAAGGAGGCUGAUGUCCAUGUUGAGGAAAGGAAGAUGAGAUAGACGACAGUAAAGACAGGACAGGGAGAGGAGACGCUUUGUAAUUUAUACCUCUAUCAGAGUAACAUUUACACAAGCAGAUCCAUAGAAGAUGGGUAAUUUACUGAAAUGAGGAACCGUAUUGGACCAAAUGUAACCCCAUAUAGUGUUUCAUGUUGUCGAUUUGUCAGAACGCACUGCAACAGAUUAUUUACAGUUCAUUCAUAAACAUCCGAACCAAUCAUCAGUAAAUGUUUUGUCAUGGAAGAGAGCCAAUGAAAACCUAAUAAUCAAAGUUAGUCAAGUGGCAUGUACGAUUCCACAUGUACAACAAAGUUUCCAUUAGAGUCUGUGUUGAGCUCCAGCUGGAUUUAGCUUAAUAGUAGCCUCUGUUGGACGCUGCUGUAGAGGAGCAGAAGAGAGGCACUGAAGAAUUAAAACGGUGUGUGUUUUUACAGAAAAUUCCCUUCAAAUCUUGUACAUAGAAAUCAGAGUAGAAGUUGUUACCACGGAUGUAUGCAGCAGAGACAGUUGUUGGCUUAGUAAUGAGGUUUGAAGAGAGAAACAAUCAGCUCCUGACACAA